GCCCUCCCCUCUUGUGUCGUACCCAGCCAAGCCCAGACCCCGCUGGUGGAUGGGGAGCACCAUCCCCCCCAACCAUCCGCCCAUGUGCACCUUGGACACGCAGCCUCACCGCCCUAACUACCCGACGAGAACCUCCGCCGCAAUUAUCGCCCUCUCCCGUACCGAGCCUUUGAUCACCUGGCCCAUCACCAUACUUCUACAAGGAGACACGCGGCACACGCCGCAGCCCCAGCAAGUUAGAAAUUCCGCCCUCCCCAGGAGCCCCCGCCGUCCUGGCGCACCCCAGAAGACGCCACACACAGCCCCUCCCCAUAAGCUCAACUAG